AUCUCCAGCAGCAUCAUGCCUGAACCAGCGAAGUCCGCGCCGAAGAAAGGCUCCAAGAAGGCCGUCACUAAGAGCGCCGCGAAAGGAGGAAAGAAGCGUAGAAAGUCCAGGAAGGAGAGCUACGCCAUCUACGUGUACAAAGUGCUGAAGCAGGUUCAUCCUGACACCGGGAUCUCUUCGAAGGCGAUGGGCAUCAUGAACUCUUUCGUCAACGACAUCUUCGAGCGCAUCGCCGGUGAGUCGUCUCGUCUCGCUCACUACAACAAGCGCUCCACCAUCACUUCCCGAGAGAUCCAGACCGCCGUGCGUCUGCUGCUGCCCGGGGAGCUGGCCAAACACGCCGUGUCCGAGGGCACCAAGGCCGUCACCAAGUACACCAGCUCCAAGUAGAGCUCCGCUGCAGCUCCACACACAAAGGCUCUUUUAAGAGCCACCUACUUUCUCUGUUAAAAGCGCGAUUGAUGGUUUUUGAUUGUUGUGUGUCUCCUGGUUUGAAGGGGCGAUUUAGCCUAUAUCUAGGUAUAAUAUCUAGAUAUAGUAUCGGUGUUAUGAGUUCUCAAAAUCUGUGUGCGUGUAUAUACGGGGAGGAGAAACAAAGCAAAGCAGUAACAAAAUAAUAUACUCCCUAACUAUUCGUACCUUUUCUGGGAGUUGAUCUGUUGCAAAUAAAACCAAGUGAGUUGUAAUAUGGCCCACUGAUCUGGGCUUUACGGUGGUGUGGCCAGUUGUGAUGGGCAUUUUGGCUAUUUUUUGUGAGCUGGCUUGUUUGAUUCCGCUUAUUGAAAAGAGCCAGCUCUUUUGGCUCACAAAUGGCUCAUA